AUGGAGGAGGCAGACCAAAUCCUCAUCCAUUCCCUGCGCCGGGCCGGCACAACAGUUCCUCCAGAUGUGCAGACCCUGCGAGCCUUGACCGCUGAGUUGGCGGUAGAAACUGUAGUCUGCUGCCUGCGUGUGAUCGACCCUGCCAUGGGCUCUGGUCUCAGGCCCCUGCUGCCUCUGGCCAUGUCCGACCGCUUCCGCCUGGCCAUGAGCCUGGCUCAGGCCUGUAAGGACCUGGGCUACUCCUUGGAGCUUGGCAAUCAGAACUUCCUCUAUCCCAGUGAGCCUGAUCUCCGGGACCUGCUUUUCUUCUUGGCUGAGCGUCUGCCCUCUGAUGCCUCUGAGGAUGCAGAUCAGCCUGCUAGUGACUCAGCUAUUCUUCUCCAGGCCAUUGGGGGCCAAAUCCGGGACCAGCUGGCCCUUCCCUGGGUCCCACCGCUCCUUCGCACUCCCAAGCUACAGCACCUCCAGGGUUCAGCCUCCCAGAAGCCUUUCUACACCACCAGGCUGGUCAUGCCGGAGUUGAGUUCCAGCGGGGAACUCUGGGAGUUCCAGGCGAGUCCUCUGGUGCUACCAGUCCCCACCCAGGUGCCCCAGCCUGCAAGGAGGGUGGCCUCACUCCUCGAAUGCCAUGCCAUCCAGCUUUGCCAGCACGUGGGUGGGAACCGCCCUGGGGAUGAGGACUGGGUCCACCGGGCAAGCUGCCAUCCCACCCAGGAAGAUCCAUGGGCUCAGAGGCAACGGCUACAGAAUUACCUGGCUGAGCAUCUCUGCCAGACCUGGGGCCGACUAGGGGCUCCCCCACAAACCGGAGACCUGGGAGAGCUGCUGCAUGCCUGGGGUGCUGGGGCCAGGGCUGGUGCUUCCAAGGCCUCCAACUUCACACACUCAGAGAAGUUCACCUUUCAUCUGGAUCCUGAGAUACAGGCAGCCCAGGUGUCUGAUGUGCCUGCCACCUCCCAGUGGCCUGAACAGGAAAUGAAGGCGGCUCAAGAGCAGGAGCUGGAGUUUCUCCGAGAGCAGCUAGAGGGAGUGAACCACAGCAUUGAAGAGGUUGAAACCAACAUGAAGACCCUGGGAAUCAGCUUCAUGCGGGUGGAAACCGAGCAUCACCAGAAUAAGCUCAGCACCGCGGAGCGUGAGCAGGCACUGCACUUGAAGAGCCAGGCAGUGGAACUGCUGCCUGGAGGGGCUGCCAACCUUGCCAAGCUGCAGUUCAUGGUGGAGAGUACUGUCCAGUGGGUCUUCUACUUGGUGGGUCAGUGGGAAAAGCACCGGGUCCCGCUCCUGACUGAGUACCGCCACCUCCGAAAGCUUCAGGAUUGCAGAGAGUUGGAAUCUUCUCGACGGCUGGCAGAGAUCCAGGAGCUGCACCAGAGUGUUCGAGCAGCUGCCAGAGAGGCUCAAAGGAAGGAGGAAGUCUGUAAGCAGCUGGUGUCAGAACUGGAGACCCUGCCUAGAGAUGUGUCCCGGCUUGCCUACACCCAGAGCAUCUUGGAGAUGGUGGGCAACAUCCAGAAGCAGAAGGAAGAGAUCACUAAGAUCUUAUCAGACACAAAGGAGCUUCAGAAGGAAAUCAGCUCCCUGUCUGGGAAGCUGGAUCGGACAUUUACAGUGACUGAUGAGCUUGUGUUCAAGGAUGUCAAGAAGGAUGAUGCCGUUCGGAAGGCAUACAAGUAUCUAGCUGCGCUGCAGUUUAUUGGAGAGGUUACUAGGUUGUGGCCUUGGAUCCCAAAUAAAUGA